AAUAAAAUGUAUUAUGGAACACAAAUGCCAAAAAGAGAUUGAGGUUAUCUCAUGUUGUUCGAGAGUAAAAUCCGUGUGUUUAUUUAAAUGUUUUGAAUAAAUUGAUCAUAUUAUUGACUAAAAUUUCUUAAAAAUGGGUGUAUUGGUUAAUGGUGAUGGUGGUAAAAGUGUGAAAUACAAUUUUUAUAGAAAAGCUGGCAGAAGUAUUAUCGAACGUCGUCCCGUUUUUUCACCGGAUGGAGAGUCAAUAGCAAUAAUUGUUGAGAAUAUAAUACGAGUGUACAAUAUUCAGACUGGGGAAUGUGUUCGUAUACUAGAAACUGAAAGUCCUGUAAAUGAGCUGAUAGCGAUACAAUUCCCCGAAAAUGAGGACUACAACUUGUAUGGAUGUUCCGAUACUGGCUAUGUUACUAUAUGGACCUGGGCAAAUGGGGCUGUUCUUAGGGAAAUUAAACUCAAUCUGCCAACAAAUACAAAAGUCCUCACAUUUGACUUAAUCGACAGCACAGAGUGUUGUAUUGUAACGAGUCAACCGAAUAACAAGUGCCUAAACCUCAACACUUACUCCACAAAAACUGGAAAACUACUUUAUGACUAUCAGGAUACAAAACCGAUGUACGGAGACAUGAUAUGCGUGGCAUUAGGUUGGUGCAACGGAGAUAGAUAUGCAGCAGUGAGCAACGGAACAAAAGUGCUAUGCAUACAAAAUCUACAGCAACCACAUUUAAAAACAAGAAUAGUCAAUCAUAAUGGUUACCGAAUAAUGUCAGUGGCAGCACAUCAGAAAACAAAUGCCGUAGCAAUCACAGAUACUUUAGGACGAGCUACGGUCAUAAGAGGAAAUUUAUAUGAUUACAAGCAAGUAGCAAGGGAAGUGCUACAUUGGCAUUUCUUGCCGCCACUCGCUACUUGUUUCUCCUUACAAGGCAACUAUCUCUACACUGGUGGAAUGGAGAAGGUGCUGGUAAAAUGGACAAUUGGUGACUUAGCGUACAGAGCCAAUGAAAAGAACUUCAUCCCUCGUCUACCGGGCAUGAUUCGAUUUAUCACAACUAACAACACACAUGUGGCCUUGACUUUAACUAAUAAUUCGGUUGUGAUAGCCAACGCCCAGUUGCGCGUGCUGGGCACGUUGCUGGAGUGCGGCGGCGUGUCGCCGGCGGCGCGCGCGGUGGGCGGCGCGCUGCUGCACGUGCCGCCGCUGGCCGCGCUACUCACGGCCGCGCGCACUGGACAUCUGCAGCUGUACUCUACUAACACUGAUAAAGUGCUUUAUAACUUAGACAUAACAGGAUUGAACAACUUACCAUCAGAAAGGUGGAAUCUAUUGCCAUUGGAAACUGAAGUGACCUGUGCAGCUGUCAGUGGGAACGGGGAUUGGCUGGUUACCUCCGAGUAUAGAAACGAUGGUAUAACCUACCCAGAAGAGAAACUAAAGUUUUGGGCAGCACAGUACAAGAACGCCACACCUUUCCAACUAAACACUUGCGUCAACCUAUCCCACGGAGGUUGCAAUGUAGUCUCUCUGUCACUUAACUAUAAAGGCGAUUUCUGCGUAUCAGCUGGCUCUGACCAAAAAUUCAGGAUAUGGAAGAAAGAGAACACUUCAUCGUCGAAUAAGAGCAAAAAGUUCGCAUGGAGUUGUUUGACUGCAUGCUAUUACUCGUCCGGGAUUGGUCAGUUCAUAUCGAAUGACGUUCUCAACGGUUUCAAAGAUGGCUUCAAGCACAAGCCUGGGAGGGAUGAGGACUUGCCGUACUUAAGAGAAGUUGAUAACAAAAAUGAUGUGAUUAAAAAGUUGUUUAAUAUCCAUAAAGAACAGUCGUUGGUUAUUGAUGAAGCUAAAGUGUCGACGAAGAGAGAUAGUGAGUUUGACAUGGGCGGUGUAGCUAUAUCUCAGGAUGGUUCGCUAAUCGCCGCUUGGUUUGGUUGCAAGUUGACCUUAUGGGACACACACCUGUGUAACCUCAGUACUACGUUAUCUCAUCCUGCGCUGAGGCCUAAAGGAGUACACGUUCAAUUCGGAAACAGGGAUGCUGCGCAUUAUUUGGUAUGCACAACAGAAACAUGUCUAGCUGUGUGGAGUUUACUAUCGCUGACUGUAAAAUGGCUCGUGCAAAUCAAUCCGACGUGCCUAGUCUCUCACAGGUUCUCCAACAAAUUGGCUGUAGUUACAACUAAUAAUGACCUUCACGUAUUCUCACCACACAGUUCGACUCCUGUGCUGACAAAGAAGCGACUACUAGACCCAUCUACAGGAGUGUUCAAACAAUGCACUUUCGGUACUUGUUUCGAUGACGAAAUCCGAUUGUAUCUAAUGAGGAACGAUUCUGAAAUCUACUGUUUAGAACCGGAGAAGACUGAAGAGAGUCGGUUAGAAGUGAUAUCUCACCGUAAGCUGCCUACAUCCAACUUUAGCGCGCUGUUGGCCGAGCAACAACUGUCGGAGGUCACGCCGGCAACCGGUGACGGCAACGUCUUCGAUGUAAACAACCUCGCCGGCUCCACUAUAGCACAGUUCUCGUUAGCAUCACCACACAUGGUGCCCUCAGUAGGCCUGCUCUGCACUACAUUCCUGCAACGUCUAUCCGGCACAGAAGACAUAGAACAGCUUGAUGAUGACUCACAAGAAGAUAAACCUAUGGAAAUUGAUGAAGACACAAGUGAUGACGAAGAAUCUAGUUCCAAGUUGAAUGGACCUUACGCCCCGAAGGUCACAGAGUUGUGGACUCCCAACUAUGAAGCCGUAAAAGAAAAGAGACUUAAUAAAAUGACGCACGAACCUUUCCUAGACUUACAUUCUUCUAGUUCAUUGUUUGUGCUAAAAUGGAGACUGGAGGACUUUCCCGACAAAGUUCUUGGGUAUUUAGGAGACCAUAUAAAACUGUUCUUGGAUGUGGAGCAGAAUGGAACCAGUUCGACUCUCAAUCUGUUUGUGAAGUGCUUGCCAAGAUUUGACGAAUGGAAAGCAGAAUACAUAAAAGAGCUUGGAUUUUUCAACAAGGAGUACGUCAUGUUAAGCCAACUUUUUAAUCAUUUUGAAAAUGGUACAGGGUACCGCAAAUGGCGUCCAGAACUGCUAUUUAUAAAGGAAAAUAUAUUUGUAUUUGAAAACGUAUCAUUUUAUGGAUACGUAAUGCCCUGUCAGCAGGACACGAUGGGUUACGAAGAACUGAAGGCGUCGGUUGAAACAUUAGCACAGUUUCAUGCACAGUCCUAUAUAUAUGAAGAGAGAAAAAGUAAGGAACUUGGGAGACCUUAUAGGAUAUGGGAAGAUUAUAGUGAAUACCUAAAUGAACCCACUUUUCGAAAUGAUUGGCGGGACACGGGAAGAAAUGCAGUCAUGGAUUAUCUGAAAGUCUAUUCUAAGUACAAGUCUGAACCUAACUUCAAUAGAUACAUAGACUCAAUAGUGCCAGGAUUAUAUGUGAAAGCCGUAGAGCUGAUGCAACCUAGUAAAAAAUAUCGGAACGCAGUAGUUCAUCGCGAUCUUUGGAGCAACAAUAUUUUGGUGAAGAAGGAACAGAACUCACCACCUCAUGUCCUGAUCGUUGACUUUCAAACUGUUAUAUAUACGUCUCCACUGCUUGACCUUUCAUCGUUGAUAUAUUUUAAUACUACCAGAGCAGAUAGAGAUACUUGGACUGAUGAUUUCAUAGAAGUUUACUAUGCUGUGUUAUCUGAAGAACUAGACGCUGCGGGGAUCGAUAUAAACACAAUAUUUGACAAGGCUUCACUGAGAGAUGCUUAUGAGGAAAGUAGAUUGUUUGGAAUAACACAAUCAGCUAUUAUAACUCCUGUUAUAGCAAUGAGUAAAGAAAAAAGCGAGGCGAUAUUUGGUGAUCCAGAAUUGUCAAGACGAGCUAAUGUAGAAACUCGAAGUCAAGAAAUUAUUGAUAUCGCAAAAGAAGAUGAGAAAUAUAAAGCUAGAGUAACGGAAUUGUUUGAUGAAAUUGUUGAACGAUAUAUAUUCCCAAAACCAUCUACAUAAUUAGGUGCCGCAAUAAAAGCUGCUGGUGGAAGACAAAAUACGUAUUUUAAUAAAGUAAUUGUAACAAUAA